AGCUAAAGUCGCUUGUAUAAAAUCUUUGGAACAGGCAAAAAGUUGCUCGCAGUAAGUACACAGGUGGCACAGGAAGUUUUGCAAGUUCCUCAGCAGGCACCAGUCAUGAUGUUUCCGUGCAGCGCCUUACCGCCGCCUCUCUACCCGGACCUGCUGUGCCCUCCGGCCGCGCUGACCUCCCCUCUCCCCCGGUCACUUCCGUCCGGGUACCGCGUGGAGGAUCUUCUGCGAAUUAGCCAGCCGGCGUACAGUUACAUUCAACGGACGUUCUCCGCCGCAACCCCCCGUGAAUUCUUAUCGCUCAGCCUGGAGCCGAGUGCCUCAUCCCGGGCGCUGGGACCGAGUCCCGCGUGUUCCGGGUUUCAGAGCUCCGGUCAGCCGAACCACAACAGCGACUCUCCGCAGUCUGCCUGCCCCGCCUCCAGCUGCCUCAAGUUCGGCGUCAGCGCCAUCCUGGCACCGUCCGCUCGGAUGGGUUGCUCUUCUCCUGCAGUCCACAGUUUGCAGACCAAAUCGUUUCCACUACCAUUCCUGGAUGCAAGUCUCCAUCCUUUCAUCAGAACUUCCUAUUUCACAGCCUCCUCCUCCUCUGUGGUCCCUGUCCCGGGAACCUUUUCAUGGCCCCUGGCCCCCAGAGGCAAGCCCAGGCGGGGAAUGCUGCGACGAGCCGUCUUCUCGGACCUCCAAAGAAAAGCCCUGGAGAGAACUUUCCAGAAGCAGAAGUACAUCAGCAAGCCAGACAGGAAGAAGCUGGCGGCGAAACUGGGACUGAAAGACUCCCAGGUGAAGAUCUGGUUUCAGAACCGGAGGAUGAAAUGGAGGAACUCGAAAGAACGAGAGCUGCUGUCGAGCGGAGGCUGUCGCCAGCAGACUCUCCCCACUAAGACCAACCCCCACCCGGACCUGACAGACGUGUGCAGCACUUACUGUCCCGGCAGCAGACUAGACAGGACUGCAGCCACGGGGCAAGAACAGCUGGAGAACCAGGACACACAUCUUCACCAUCACCAUCAUCAUCAUCAUCAAGGCUCUUCUCCAUCACAGUCCAGCAGUGAAGAAAUCACAGUUUCAUAAAAACUUGAUUUCUUUUUAAAUAUUCAAAUCAUAAUUUUUGUGACAUUAAGAGUGAUGAAUAAGAACACAUAUUUGCUUUUGUAAA